UUUCAGAGAAAAAUUAUGGUAGAUUAUUUACCAACACUAAUUUUUCUAACAAUUCUUUUUUCUGUUCCUCUACAAUUUUAUUUGUCUCCAAAAUCGUCUUCUGACGCCCAAUAUUAUUUACACAAAUUUGUGGACGAAAUUCAUCAAAUUUACUCAAAAAUUAUUGGAAAAUUUUUUAAUCUUUCAAACAAAAAAGUUGGAGAAAUGUUUGAGGAAAGUGAACAAAUUGGGGACGAAAAAGAAAUUAUUGGUGAAGAAACUAUUAGUAAAGAGGAAAUGAGUGGACUGUUUGGAGGUUCUGACGAGCCUAGACAUCCACGUCCCCCACAUAUAAAAUACAAAGUUGGCCAAGUUGUUAAACACAAAUUACACAAUUAUAGAGGAGUUAUUGUUGGGUGGGAUGAAAAAGUAAAAGCUCCCGAUUGGUGGAUAAAAAGAGUCCACGGAACAGAAGAAAUUGAUGAACCCAAUUAUACAAUAAUUAUUGAUACGAGAGAUCGUUUAGUUCCACAAAUUGCCUAUGUUUUGGAGAGGAAUAUUUUGUUGGCUGAGGGAGGUAUAGUCCACCCUUUAAUUAAUCAUUAUUUUGAAUCAUUUGAUGGGAAAUGUUACAAAUCGAGACCUUGGCAUAAAAAUGUUUAUCCAAAUGAUUAAAGGAAAGGAAAGUUUUUUUUGUUAAUUUAUUUAAACUAGUCUUUUUUGUGGUUGCUUUGCGCCUUUUAAAAAGGACGCAAAGCAACACAUUAUUAAAGCAUUUAUUGAAAAGGGGAUAUUUUAACUUAUCAUUUAGAAGGUCAUUUAAUUCCUAAAGCCAUGCAAAAAGCGAUGCUGUGUAAUGGAUGUAAGCAGGCCCGUAACCAGGAUUUUUUCGGGGGAAAAUUUUUCUGCGCUGAAUUUUUGGCGCCGAAAGCGAAAAUUUUGAGAGUUUUACCCACUGGUUACGGGCCUGGAUGUAGGAUUUUAGUCAAAUAAAGGUUGCUGGUUCGCCCCAACCGCCUAAAUAACCUUCUGUAUUAACUGAGGAAAAAAAUAGUUUAUAGCCUCGUUUAUAUAGUUUAUAGCCUCGUUCAGCUUGAUUUUUGCUGGAAUAAAUUACCCCUUUUAAAUAAAUGCUCAUUUUUUCUUUUUUUAUACUCGGUUCUACAUAUUUAAAUUAUUUAAAAUUAUAUGUCUUUAUUUAUUCUAGAUUUUCUAUAUUUAUUUUCUACCCAAAAUAUUUUUUUCAAAACAUUUGUAUAUAUUUUAUUUAUUUUUUAUUUAAUUCUUUAGACUGUUUUAGGUCUUCUUUUAGAU